CUCAAGUCAUUCGGGUCGUGGAGCCAUCGACGUGGACACACACGUAGAUGUACAAUGUCAGAUGGAGCAUUUGGCUGCAGUCUGUCCUUCCCCCCUCCCGCCUCCAUCUAUGCGUCACGCUUGCCAGCCCGCCGUCACCCUCCCUCACUCAUGUCAGUUUGUAUGCCUCCAACUCAUCAAUAUCAAAGUGCCACCCCUUCACUGACACAGGCAGGAACACUCCGUCAUCGUCCUCCCAGCCGUGGUCGCUGGGCCUCACACCCGGCCGCUCCCACUGUCGCCACUCGUCGCGCUGGGCUUCUUCACGCAUGAAACCUUGGCGCCGUUUCAUGAUCUCGUCGCUGGCCGCUGCUGGGGCGCCAAUCUGGAUCUGCUGGGCGGCCGGACAGAUACCAAAAUUGAAGCAUGCGAUCGAGAGGACGGACGUCAGCUCGGAGUCGGGCGAUGAGAAAUCGAUGACCUCGGCGGCUCUCUCCUGCACACAUGGAUAGAGAGGAGACAAUUACCAUGACUGCCUGGCUGAUUCUAAUGGACACCCACCUGUGUGCCCGCGCUGCGAAUCUUGCUUCCCCAGCCGGUGUAACCCACGUACGGAUGGCUGUUGGUCCCCCGCAGCUUGAAGCCGAAGCAUCUCGUGUCGCGGUGGCUCUGCGCCGGUCCGGUGACCUCGAUGGGCCCCUCGAUGAGGUUGGCGAAGAGCUCAUUGCUGUCGGCCACCUUGGAGAUGAGCAGCAGGGGGGAGUGGCCCUUGACGGCAUCGAAGAAAUCCAGCCACUUCCAACCAUCCACAGUCGCCCUGCCACGACACACACACACACAUCAGACACAGAGGCAUGAUGAGAGAGUGCUGUCAUCCUCACGGCUGCCUGGCUGCCCUUCUCACUUGUAUAUGCGAAUGACCGGCUCGCCCACACACGGAGGGAUAGUCGGGGCGUCCUCCCAACGCUCACACCACUGCCGCAUCUUGUGCAGGUGCUCGGUGGUCAGGAGUGCGUCAGCGGGGCCCAAAUAGCGAUCGCUAUCCAAACCGUACCUGACACAAAGCAACACACACACACAGAGAGCAGCCGUCGGGGCACUGUGUGGUGAGCAGCUCUGUGUGUUCUCGCCGCUUUUACAUGGUGAGUGCGUGUCGGUAGCCCUCUAUGUCUAACUCCCCCAUCGCCCCCUGAACAUCAUCCGCCGUGAUGGCCGCCCCCUUCUUCAUGUGUGCGCGGGCGACGACGUCGACAAUGCGCCGGACAUGCUCGAUGGGCGCACGAACAGUGGGGCCAUACCUGAGACAACAGGAGAUACCAGACAACUCACUUGUGGACUGGGUGCACGGCACGUCAUGUGUCCAGCUGUGUGAGUGCGGCUCACUUGAUGAAUUUGUUGGCGAAGGUGGAGUCGUCGCCCAGCGACUUCGCUACACCAGUCGUCACCGUCACCGUGGAUCCCGACACACGAGUAGACACCAACUGCUCAAAGCAAUCACAACCACCAGAUGCACUUCACUUACUGCAUCCCCUUCCCCUCUGACUGGACUGACGGCCUUCCCUCUGCUGUUUCGUCUUCACCUCACCGUAUCGUCCUCCACAUUGCCCGUCUUGAGCAGCGGCUUGAUGGCGUCGAGCCGCUGCUCAUGUGCGGCCUUGUCCUCCAACGCCUUCUUCAGGAGUGUGUGCAGCUCUGCCGUCAGCCUGAGCGGGGCCGGCGUAGGCUGCUCGCCGUCCUCCUGCUGGCCGCUUGCUGGGUCGGCAGCGGGGAGGACGGGGUCGCCGCCCGGCCGGCAGCGCUUGUAGGCCGGAUCCCACAGCAGCAACUCAACCCAAUACCUGACGACACACAACACACAAAGACACCUCAUGUGCUUUGGCCAUCGUGUGUGUGUGUGUUUGCCCUUGUGCUCACGUGAAUGGCGUGUCGUGUUGCUUGGACGGCGGGAUGGACAUGUUGCUGAUCUGCUCUCCCUCGUACAUGAUCAGGUGCAUCACGCACCUGCUCUCUCGCACCAACAACCACACGCACAUGUGAGAAGAGAUGCCGCGAUGAAUAAGUGAUCCAUCUUUCUUGCCUUCCUGACCACUGAAACGCAGGCGGCCAGACUUGCAAAAAGAUGCGAUUGUUCUCGUCACGGAUGAAGGCGCUGUCGAACUUGCCCGAGAACAUAACCGCCAGCACACUGCCCUUGACCGCACACAGAGUCGACCGCUGGACCUCCACGUGCUCGCCGCUGACAUUCAACUCCAACACCUCCUUCAUCACCUCAUCCUGCAGCACACAGCAGACCACAUCCCACACAAACACACGCGCGAUGAAUGCAUGUCAUUGACUGCCUUUCCGCUUUCUCGUCCAAUCGCUCACCUUUGGUUUGUUCGGCGCUGCAGGAGCCCCGCCCAUGGCCCUCUCGCGCUCCUCGAGCUCUGCCAGCAUCGCCUGGAGCACAUCCACGACAGACUGCCCGUGCUCAAGGGUGGCGAGAAUGCCGCUGCGACCAUCGCUGUCCUCAUCGGCGCCAUCGGCAGGACACUUACGCUUCGCGCCAGAGGAAGCUGCUGCGGCUGCCGCUGAUGCAGACAUGUUCUCUGCAGUUUCUGAUGCGCACAGUC